CUGUAAAAUGCUUGAAGAUCUGAUUGAGAGUGUUGGAUCUUUUGGAAAGUUCCAAUGGAUGGUUGUAAUGCUUGUAAUAUCGCCUACGUGGAUCUUUGCAAUAAGUAUGUUGAUUAUGGCCUAUGGUGGAAUGGUGCCAGAUUGGUGGUGUCUUCCUAAAGAUGAGAUAAUAAUGGAUGCCACCAUGAAUAGUUCAAGUAUUUAUUACCAAACCUGUAACAAAACGAGUGAUUGUUCACGUAUAUACGAAUCAUAUACAAGAACAGUUAUCAGUAAGUUUGAUUUAGUUUGUGAAAAUUCGUGGAUAAAACCAACAGUGACGUCAGUACAGAUGGGCGGGGUUCUUGUUGGUGCUUUUAUUGGAGGUCAAUCAGGAGAUAUGUUUGGAAGAAAGAAAAGUAUUUAUACAGCUAUUUUUCUCCAUUCCAUCUUUAACGUAAUCAUCGCUUUUUCUGUCAACUGGCAAAUGUUCGCAGCCUUCAGAUUCUUAAUAGGUGGAAGUAUUGGCGGCUAUCUUGUUUUAUGGACAUUUCCAUUAGAAUUCGUUGGGUUACAACGUCGAGCUUUGGUGUCGUGUCUUCCAUUUUGGACAACCGGUGCCGUAUUUCUAGCCCUAGCUUCGUAUCUCAUCCACGACUGGAAAGUUCUGCAUAUCUGCAUUGGUGCCAUGUCAUUUCCUUUUGUGUUAGGUUGGUUUGUAGUUCCCGAAAGUCUGCGAUGGUUGGCUACUAAAAAUAGAAGUAUGGAAGGGAAAGAAGUUCUGGAAAAGAUUGCUAGAUUCAACGGUACCACUGUUCCCGAAAAUGCUGAGUACAUUCUAAGAAAAGUAGCGGAGAUAGAAAACGAAAAGAAUGAAGGAGGGAAGAAAUAUACUUAUAUAGAUAUCUAUAGAGGAUGUACAAUGUUUAAAACCAGUUUUUGUUUACAAUUUAUAUGGUGUACAUGCUCUGCAGUUUAUUAUGGACUUUCUUUCGGCAUCAGUAAUUUUUCAGGAAAUUUUUAUUUUAACUUUUUUCUGAUUAACUUUAUUGAAAUAUUAACAGUUUUUCCAGAACUCUACCUGUUAGGAAAAAUAGGAAGACGUUAUACCUGUGCAUUUUUACUGUUUACAGCAGCAGCAGCCUGUAUUGUUACACUCAUUGUUCAAGAAGUAUAUAAUGUAUCGAAGAGUCCAAUUAUUACUGGUUUAUCGCUGACAGCUCAAAUAUUAAUUAAUGCUGCAUGGGUUGCUCUCACUCUGUUAACAGGGGAAUCUUAUCCGACCGUCAUAAGAUAUGUGGGCUUUGGCGGAUGUAGUAUGGUGGCUCGUAUUGGAGGCAUGGUUGCACCUUUUAUUUUUAAUUUAAGUAGUAACAGAAUGGUACCUUACGUUAUAAUGAGUGUUAUGAUAACAAUAAGCGGUGUUUGUGCUUUACUGCUGAAUGAAACAAAAGAUUCGGCUUUACAAGACUUAAUAGGAGACAUCGAUGGAAAUACAAAAAGACAGAAAUCAGCAGAAGAUAUGAAAAGAUCUCAAAAAGGGGAGACAAAUCCAAAUGGAUUAGCCGAGGACGUCAAAAGCAAAGAAACAGAAUGUACCAGUAUGUAGCAAUAUCAUAGUGAACGAUGCGCAUCGGUUUUAUCGGCAAUGAAUAAAUGUGGUGUUUUGCUUAACUGAUUAGUUAAUUUCUUUGUCGGGUGUGCUGAUAGGGAGUGGUAUGAAUGAAUGUACUUGACUGAUAAAAAAACUAAAAUAUUGUAUUUAUAGAUAUUCACGGAUCGAUGUCUGACAAGAUGGCAAAUUCCAAUAACUGGUGUCUCUCAGACGUUAAACGUAAUAAAAGAGAGAAAGAAAUGGCGUUUAACGUCCACUCGACACAAACUAGGUCAUUUCGGACUAACAUAUGGUUUAAUUUUAUUUCAAUAAUUCGCUUGCGCGUAGGGGUCUUUAGCAGUGGGAGGAAACCAGAGGACCCGGAGAAAACCCACGAGGUUGGACAGUCGACCCUACUUCUUAUCAGGUACAACCGGGGAUUCGAAACCACGCCAGUUGACUCAAUGACAGGCCUUAUG